AUGGCCCUACAAGAAUCUCAAACUGAAGAAAUAUUAGGAUCAUCACCUUAUACGGAAGUGUUCCAGGUGUAUGGGGAAUUUCAAAGUAUGCUCUAUAGUCCAAGCUUCGUAAUCUACAAUAAUUUUUUUAAUUUGAACGAAGAAAAUGAUCUACUUUUACCAGAAUUACAAUAUACGUCAGUUGAUCAAAGUAAUCAAAUAGAAACUGAAGACGAUAGGUCUGAAGCUACUACUGAUUCUGAUGAUUCUGGUGCUAUUAUAUGGCCAAUUAUUUCUGGUGUUAGCUUUCUUUCUUGGAUGUCACUUGAAAAAAGUCUUGAACAUUAUGGAAGGGAAAAUGGGUUUAAACCAAUAAAAGGACGACGAAAUACAGACAAUGAAACUGGAAAUAUCAUUCGUUGGUGCUUCGAGUGUGAAUACUCUGGAGAUCCAAAACCAAAACAUAAUAUUGAUCAUACUCAAGCUCGACAAACAUCUUCAAAAAAAACACAGUGCCCAUGGCGAUACAAUGCUAGCUAUAGAAAAACCGAGCAAAAAAUUUACAUUAAUAAACUUAUUGAAGAGCAUAAUCAUAGCCUUACACCACAUUGUGAGGAAUUUGCACCAUCUUUGUGA